CCCCAUCUAACCCUGUCGCCUCGUCGCAGCCUCCCACUGUUUGACCUUGAGAUGGCGAUGCCAUCCAUAGUUCCACACACAAAUCACCUUGCCUACAAGUACCACCUCCUACCUCUGCUAUUUCCAGACCCAAGCUAUACCACCAAGCUCGUAGCAAGCAAGCAUUGACCAAUCCACCAUGGCUGGGCUUCAGCUUUCCGUCCUAGCGGCCUGCGCCGUCCUCUUCGUGCUCGCCGCCCCCUCCAUCGCCGGCGACCCCGACAUGCUCCAGGACGUCUGCGUCGCCGACCUGGCAUCCCCGAUCAAGAUCAACGGCUUCCCGUGCAAGGCCAACAUCACGGCGGACGACUUCUUCUUCGCCGGUCUGAAGAAGGCCGGCAACACCAAGAACCCGGCUGGUUCUGUCGUCACGGCGGCGAACGUGCAGUCAUUCCCCGGGGUGAACACGCUCGGCGUGUCCAUGGCGCGCAUCGACUACGCGGUUGGAGGACAGAACCCGCCGCACACCCACCCGCGCGCCACCGAGAUCAUCUUUGUCACCCAGGGAACCCUUGAGGUGGGGUUCGUCACCACCAACAACAAGCUCUUCACUAGGUUCGUCACCGUCGGAGAGGUGUUCGUCUUCCCACGUGGCCUCGUGCACUUCCAGCAGAACAGGGGACAUGGCCCCGCCUCCGUCAUCGCCGCCUUCAACAGCCAGCUCCAGGGCACCCAAGCCAUCGCCACCACGCUCUUGGCUGCCACACCACCAGUGCCAACCGACGUGCUGGCCAAGGCCUUCAGGGUUGAUAACGAAGACAUCGACGCCGUCAAGGCCAGGUUCCAGUAGGGAGUCUCUGCCGUCGGCACCUCUCCAUCCGUUUCGGAAGCAAAAAAUCGUCUGUUCGUUAUUACUGAAUGAAUUGAUGUAGCGUGUAGUUGAUUUUUUCACGUGUAUGUUACAUUGAUGUGUUAUACAUUAGCGUUUUAAACUUGUCAACGAGUCUAUAACUUGGUAGUUUUGCCAGGAUAUA